ACAGCAGGAUAUAAGUGCAGAGCUGGAAGAGGAGAUCCAGUGUAUUACACUGAUUAUAGUGAACACAAGUUUGUCUGGUCUGGAGAUUUUCAUCCAUCAGCGUCUCUCACAGUGAGUCCUGACAGAGUGCAAAACUUCACCUCUGACUCUGUCUCACUGAGCUGUGAGGGAAACUCUACUGAGUGGAGAGUGAGGAGGUUGACUGAGAACAGCUACCAUUCAUACUGCUCCUCCUGGGGGACAAUGAAUGGAUCCACAUGCAACAUAGACAGUUUCUGGCAGAGUGAUGCAGUGUACUGGUGUGAGUCUGGAUCAGGAGACUUCAGCAACGCCGUCAACGUAACUAUUCAGAAAACAGAUAUUAUCCUGGUGAGCCCUGUCCAUCCUGUGACUGAGGGAGAUUCUGUUAGUCUGAGCUGCAGAUUGAGAAGACAAACAUUUGAGUCCAAUGUGUUUUUCUAUCGAAAUGAGAAACUGAUUCAAAAUGAUACCAGAAGGGAGCUGAAUAUCUCUGCAGUGUCAAAGUCAGAUGAGGGUUUCUACAAGUGUCAAUACUCACAACAAGUGUCAGCACAGAGUUGGAUGUCAGUUAAUGCAGUUCCCAGGCCUGAAAGCUCUUCCUCUCCUGUACCAUUGAUUGUUGGGCUGGUUUGUGGAAUUGUUCUCAUUAUUCUUCUGCUCCUUUUGUAUCGCUACAGACCGUCCAAAGGUUCAUGCUGUAUCAGGUCAAACCAGUCUGAGAGCAUCAAUCAGGACUUCGACACAAAUCAUGUGCCCAACCAGAAUGAGACUCAGCCAUACUCCACUCUUCUCCAUGGUGAUACUUCUCUUUAUGAAUCAAUGAGACGUCCUGAAGAUACUGAAAAUUCUUGCAAAACCGCCAUCCACGCCUUCAUAACCUCCAGAAUCGAUUAUUGCAACAACAUCCUCUACGGCACACCAUCCAAAACCUUAAAUAAACUCGAGUACAUUCAGAACUCUGCUGCUCGUCUGCUCGUCUGCUCAUCCACACCCCCACCCGUGAUCACAUUAACCCCUGUCCUCCAGAACCUCCACUGGCUCCCGGUCCCACAACGAAUUCAAUUCAAAAUCCUCCUCCUCACACACAAAGCCCUCCAUAACCAGGCCCCUUCAUACCUCACUGACCUGCUCCAUCGCCACAAUCCAUCCCGUAGCCUCCGCUCAUCCGAUGCAAACCUUCUGACCCCACCACCCUGGACCAAGCACCGAACCUGGGGCAACAGAGCCUUCUCUGUAGCUGCCCCCUCCCUCUGGAACUCUCUCCCCAAACAAAUCCGUGACUGCACCGAUCUUCCAGCGUUCAAAUCAUUGACAAAAACUCACCUUUUUAAAAUUGCUUUUAAUGUUUAGCUUAGUCCAAUGUGUUUUUAGUGUUUUUACCAUUUUAUUUAGUUUUUGCUGUUUUUAUGUUAUCUUUAUGUAAAC